AUGUAUCGGAAGUUGUCUAAGUUAGAACACUCGGAAAUAAAACAACUUCUUACAGAAGCUAACAUAGAUGUUGCAAAGCAUUACGCAACAAACAAAAAAGCACUCGCUGACAUCCUCAAUGACUAUAAUGGUGCAAUAAGUUAUGAUAGAAUUCAUGAGUUCAUAAAGCCGCAACGCGGCGAGGACGAAGUCCAUGCAAGAGCAUUUCCUUUAAAUGACGUUGCUAUUGACUUAUAUCAUAAACGUUCAGUACCUCAUGAAGUAAGAAGAGAAAUGUUUGACAUAACAAAUGCAAACGUUGGUGAAACAAGAAGAAGAGACGACACAAUGAAACAACAGAGAAGAGAGAUGUUUAAGAGCGCUAUAGAACAAGUUCGCAAAGCUAACGAUGUCAUUCGUUCCAUUGACGACAAACCAAAAGAAGGUGAGAGAUGGUUAAAGAAAGAUGAAGAGAAUAGGAAGAGGAAUGUUAAGACAGGCAAUAGACUCAUUGACUUUAACAUCGAAGCUUUAGAUGAACCAAACAGAGACUACUUACACAAACAUUUCGGUAAGGUUUUCAUGAGACUCUUAGAGAAGAUUAAAAUAAACUCCCACAAAGAUGGAUGGUAUGUUAUAAACUUGGUGGAAAGUAUGAAUGUUCUAC